CUUCCCACUAGAGGUAGUCUACUAUUGCUAGCUUGUGUGCUGAGUUGUAACUUGGUGGGCUGUUUAGUAUUUAGUAAAAUGUAUCUAUCUAUCUAUCUUCUAUAAAAUAUACAAGGGUGUGUUUGGAUAGAAUGAUUUGUAUUUGGUAUUUGUGAUUUGGAUUUCCAAAUAUUAAGACUUGUGUUUGGAUAUUAAUUACAUUUUAUAUUUGGAUUUGUGUCAAAUUCAUGGGAUGAAUACCAAAUACAUGUCUAGUGUAUUACUUGCCAACUUCAAAUACAUUUCAACAACUAGUGAUUUGAAAUACCUCCUAACAAAAGAGUGGACCUAUUUGUAAAAUAUUAAAAGUUUAGGUACUAUAGUGUGAGGCAAAACAUAUAAAGAUACCAAAAUGUAAUUUUACAAUCAAAAUUUUAGGAAUUUUUGUAAAAUUCUGAAAUUUUAGGUACUAAAUUGUAAGAAAAAAUAAAGGAUAAAUACCCUAAUAUGGCCCAAACUUUGUAGAAAUAGACAAUUUUGGCCCCAACUUACAAUAAUGACACAAUUGGCCCCAACUUUACAACUAAUAGACAGUUUUGGCCUAAUUCUACAUUUGACCAUUAGUACUAACGGUCAACUCAGUGAACGAUUAAUGACUCAGCUUGAGAUGCUGAUGUGGCGACCACGAGUACUCCACAUCAGCCAAAUAAAUUUUAAACCAAAAAUUAUUUAUUUAACGUAAAUAAGGUACAAAAGCCAAAAAUAAAAUUAUUUAUUCAGAUACAUCUUCUCGGCGCCCGUCAUUGAUUUGACGACCAACAGCUGGAAGUUUCGAAUCCGGCGCCAGCAUUGCUUCCGAGCCCGCACGCCGCCAUCGUUGCUUUCAAACCCGCCUCCAGCGUCACUUUACCAUCUCCUGACCAUUCACCAUCCUCUUUCCAAACCGACCACCCUGUAGCCGCGACGACUUGCUGGUCAUCCCUCAAUCGGCAACGAGUGACAAAAGUGAGGAUAUAAAAUUAUCGGAGAAAACCCAAAAUAAUUGUCUAUAUUGAGAAACAAGCACGAUGGGAAUUGAGUGACUUAAUGCUCAACCGGUGAAUAUCAAAGCCAAAAUAAAGUUUCAACUGCAGAUUACAAACGCAAAAAUGACGUUUCAGCUCUAGAUAGUGUUUAGCUGUAUGAUUACAAACCCCAAAAUAACCAUUCACAAGCCCUCAAGCAUUCUAUUUUGAUAAAAAAAUUUUAACGUAUGUAUUCAUAGAAAAAAUCAUUCCAAACGACCCUUAGUAUUUGUCUCCUGGAGCCCAAGUUCAAGCUCAUCUGUAACUGGAGUGGACUUUUACAUAAACAAACCAUGGCCCAAAGCCCAAUUGACCCAAAGCAGGCGCUAACGACAACAUCGUUUGAACUCAUUGUUCGCGGACCUCAUUCUUCGGCGGAAGCAAGCCGUCCUCUCACUAAUCUCCGGCGAUGCAAUUGCGACCAGCCAUCCAUGGCUAACAGCGGUACCCAAAUGUCGACCCCAAUUAGAGCUCCGGCUUGGGUCUCGACGAGAAGACUGUUCGAGCAAAAGUUGCAGGAGCUUCACAAAUGUGCAGACUUAACCCACGUAAAGCAGGUUCACGCCCAGAUAAUCAAGCAGAAUCUCCACACAGACCUCUACGUAGCUCCAAAAUUGAUAUCGGCAUUCUCGCUUUGUCAUCACAUGAAGCUCGCUCUCAACGUCUUCAACCAAGUUCGGCACCCCAAUUUGCAACUCUACAACACUCUGAUUCGAGCUCACGUCCGCAACUCCCAACCUUCCAUGGCGUUCGCUGCUCUCCUCGAUAUGCAGCAGAAUGGAAUGUUUCCUGAUAAUUUCACUUACCCUUUUCUUCUCAAAGCUUGUAAUGGAGAGCCCUGGUUGCCGGUUGUGCAGAUGAUACACUGCAGUUUGGAGAAGGUUGAAUUUUUCGGUGAUAUUUUCGUGCCCAAUUCUUUGAUUGAUAGCUACUCCAAGUGUGGUGCUUUGGGAAUUCAGUCUGCGAUGAGGCUGUUUACGAGUAUGGACAGGAGGGAUGUCGUUUCGUGGAAUUCAAUGAUGGGUGGACUGGUGAGAGCAGGGGAUCUGGGUGGUGCACGUGAUCUGUUCGAUGAAAUGCCCGUGAGAGACGCGAUUAGUUGGAACACGAUACUAGAUGCAUAUGUGAAGGCCGGAAAGAUGAACGAAGCGUUUGAGUUGUUUGAGGAAAUGCCUGAGAGGAAUGUUGUGUCAUGGUCCACGAUGGUCUCAGGUUACAGUAAAGCAGGAGAUAUGCAAAUGGCUAGAAUGCUGUUUGAUAAAAUGCCAACCAAGAAUAUGGUUUCUUGGACUAUACUCAUAUCUGGGUAUGCCCAAAAGGGGCUGGGGCAGGAUGCAGUAAGUUUGUAUUCUCUAAUGGAGAAAUCUCGACUUAUGCUUGAUUCGGGUGCUGCUGUUAGCAUACUGGCUGCCUGUGCAGAGUCUGGUUUGCUUGGACUGGGGGAACGAGUUCACGCCUCGAUUGCAAGGACUAGAUUAAUGCACCAUGCUGAUGUGUCUAAUGCAUUGCUUGAUAUGUAUGCAAAAUGUGGCAGAGUAAAGAAGGCAUAUGAAGUGUUUGAGCGAAUGGCAGAGAGAGAUGUAGUUUCUUGGAACUGCAUGCUUCAAGGGCUAGCCAUACAUGGGCAUGGAGAUGAAGCACUCAUGCUCUUCUCCAGAAUGAAACAACAGGGUUUCAAGCCCGAUAAAUUCACUCUAGUAGCAGUUCUUUGUGCUUGCACUCACUCCGGCUUCAUCGACGAGGGCCUCAGGUACUUCAACAACAUGGAGAAGGAAUAUAGGAUUGCUCCCGACAUCGAGCAUUACGGCUGCGUGAUUGACUUGUUGGGCCGUGCUGGACGUCUCAACGAAGCAAUUAGGCUCGUGGAUUCCAUGCCGAUGGGACCGAAUGCUGUCAUCUGGGGUACCCUUUUGGGUGCCUGCAGAAUGCACAAUGCUGCUGAACUUGCUAAGCAGGUUCAAGAUCACAUGGCGAGAUUCGAGGAGGCAUCAGAGCACGGUACUUGUUCGGUGCUGUCGAAUAUUUAUGCUGCUGCCGGGGAUUGGGUCAAGGUUGCUAAUGUGAGGCUCCAAAUGAAGAGUGCUGGAAUCCAGAAGCCGUCUGGCGCCAGUUUCAUUGAGGUGGGUGAUAAAGUCCAUGAAUUCACUGUUGGAUAAGUCCCAUCCAGACUCUGGUGAAGUGUAUGAAAUGGUUGAUGGAUUGGUUCAGGAACUUAGAUUGUUUAGUGAUCCCUCGAAUGAUCACCACCACACUUACUGAAUAUACCCCAUACUCUCUUUUCAGUUUUCGGUUUUCUUCUGUGUUGUCGAUACAUAUUUAGGAACAACUAAUGGAGUUGAUGUAGGAAAGCCGUCUUUAAGUGACAGAAAGGUAGCAAACCAAAAGGUAAAAGAUGUACUAUAAAAAAAUGUGAAAAAUGUAAAUCUUCCCCAACCCAGUUGUUUAAGCGUCUCGCUAAGAUGAAGGAGCAAAUCGGUAUAGUAUCUAUAUAUCACCUUCUGCUACAAAUAUUUGAUCACAAUGGUAUGAAAAUUCCAGCAUAUAAUAUCACUCCAAAAGCAUACUAUAUUUGUUGAUAAUUGGCUAAUAUGGACAAACUCCAAAAGCAUACUUUCAGAGGCUGGCACAGCUCACAGCUGGUCAUAUGGGAUUUGGUGGAUAAUUGCUGUUGGUGUGUGGUAGAGAUCGUGAUAGAGGUUUGUUUGGGGUAGCUCAAAAUCGUUGAUAGGAGAAUUUUGUUCGCUCAAGGAAAGUGAUAGUUGGGACUUAAUAUGUAGUUUCGAGCUAUAGGAUGAAUUGGGGUGCCAUUAUUUCUGGCUAGUUGUUUGCUGACCAGUUUAGUUUAGUAGGCUUAUGUCCCCAUCCAAGAAAAGUUAGUAAUUUCCUCUAAAUAAUUGUGUUGCACUGUUCACUUAGCCGUAAAAGAGGAAGAAAAGGGUAAGAACAGUAGAACAAAGAAAAGGAUGGAAGAAGGCCAGAUCAAAAUUCAUGCAAAUCAACCAUGUUCUUUGGUUUACCUGUCAUAAUCAAUGUUAUUAAUGGUGAGGGCAAAGUUAUCUAGUUUUUCCUUGCUUAAGAAAGAUAUGGUAUUUAG